CCUCGGCGCGUCCGCCGCGGAGGAAGCAUGCUGGCCCUGCGCUGCGCGCUGCUCGCCGCCCUGCUGGCCGCGCCGGGGGCCGCCCUGACCCCCGGGGGCUGCUCCGCGCCGGAGGUGCCGAGUGAUGUGGUGACUGCCUGGCCUGGGGCCAGCGUGACCCUGACCUGCCCGGGCGAGGAGCCGGGAGACGGCGCUGUGGUUCACUGGCUGCUGGGGAGCCGGGUCCCAGGCUCCCGGCCGGACCGUGGUGCUGGCGCAGGAGGGCGGCUGCUUCUGAGGUCGGUGCAGCCCAGCGACUCUGGAAACUACUCCUGUUACCGGGAUGGCCGCCUGGCUGGAACCGUGCGUUUGCUGGUGGAAGCCCCUCCCGAGGAGCCCCAGAUCACCUGCUUCCGGAAGAGCCUCCUCAGCAAGGUGUCCUGUGAGUGGGGUCCUCGGAGCCCCCCGUCCUGGACGACCAGGGCCACGCUCCUGGUGAGGAAGUUCGGGACCAGGCCCGCGGGAGACGCCGAGGAGCCGUGCCAGUACCUCCCGGGGCCGCGGACCUUCUCCUGCCAGCUGGCGGUCCCCGAGGGGGACAACUCCUUGUACGUGGUGUCCCUGUGCGUCACCAAUGCUGCCGGGAGCAAGUCCAGCCGUCCCCAAACGUUCGAGGGCUAUGGAAUCCUGCAGCCGGACCCGCCGGUCAACGUCACUGUCACUGCCGUGCCCAGAAACCCCCGCUGGCUCCGGGUCAGCUGGCAGGACCCUCCUUCCUGGAACUCCAGCUUCUACAAGCUACGGUUUGAGCUCCGGUACCGCGCCGAGAGGUCAAAGACGUUCACGACUUGGAUGGUCAAGGAGCUGGAGCACCGCUGCAUCAUCCGCGACGCCUGGAAAGGCGAGCGGCACCGGGUGCAGCUCCGGGCUCAGGAGGAGUUCGGGCUCGGCUCCUGGAGCACGUGGAGCCCCGAGGCCACAGGCGCCCCGUGGACAGAACCCAGGAGCUCCUCAGCUGAGACCGAAGCCCCCCGCCCCACGCAGGCACCGACCACCAGUGGAGACAGCGAAAAUCAUCUCCUGCGAGAUUCUGCAAAUGCGACCAGCCUCCCAGUGCACAACUCGUCUGCGGGGCCGCUGCCCACCUUCCUGGUGGCGGGGGGGAGCCUGGCCUUCGGAACGCUCCUGUGCGCUGGCAUUGUGCUCAGGUUCAAGAGGACGUGGAAGCUGCAUGCCCUGAAGGAAGGCAAGGCCGGCACGCAGCCACGCACGCAGCCACCGUGUUCGCAGGGGCAGCUGGUCCCCGAGAGGCCCCAGCCCGGGCCGGUGCUGGUCCCCCUCAUUUCUCCGCCAGUGUCCCCCAGCAGCUGUGGGUCUGACCACACGCCGGGCCCCAGCCAGCCAGAUGCCACGGGCCCCCAGAGCCCUUACGACAUCAGCAACAGAGACUACUUCUUCCCCAGAUAGCCGGCAGGGGCCGGGCCGGCCGCACCGUGUGAGCGACAGAGCGCCGGCCGGCCCCUCUCCGGCCCCUCUCCGGCCGGCGGCCUCGAGGGAGGGAGGUGCGUGGCUUCCGGGAGCCAGUUUGCUGCCUCUGCCCGGAAGGGAGAGGUGGCUGUGUCUGGGAAGCGCCCUUUCCCCGAUGCCUCACCGGGGCCAGAGUGCACUCAGGUGUGUCAGGCCACCGUGCCGGACACUCAGGUGAGCAGAGCCGGUGGGUGUGCGGGCCUGGCCUGCCUGGCCCGCUGGCCGCCACGCCCCCCACGCCCCCCAGUCGUCUCCUCAAGCUGCGGCAGGUGGGGAGACCCCCGUGCCGGCCCCCGGCGCCCUGCACGUUGCCACCUCUCGGCUCGAAUCCCGAGUGCCUUCGCAAGUCAGUCUUCUCAGGUCUGAGGGUGGGAGGAGCGGUCGUCUGCCUUCCGCACACCUGGAAAUUGCACAGACGGGUCGAAGAGCGUCUCAGGGCCUGGUGGUUGGAAAUGGAAUCGUACGUGCUUUCUCGCUGGCGUGUUGCUGAGCGCGGGUGGCUGCCCGAGCUCCCUGGCCCUGUUUGGACCCCAGGACUUCAGGGGGACAGAAGGGAGGGGCGGGUAGUGGGGACAGGCCUCCUUGCCCCCCAGGGGCCCCGGCCCCCCCCCCCGCCCCCCAGAAGAACUGGCCGCAGGGGCCCCUCCGCGGCAGGGAGGGGCUCGCACCUGGUUUUCGCCAGCUGCGUCUACUUUGUUUUCAGCUGAGCCCGAGAAACAGGGGAAGAUAAUAUUUAUGUGAAAAGACAAAAAGAACCGGCAAGAAUGUAUUUUAACUUGUUUUUUCAGAGAACUGCUGUUUGAUGUUGAGGGCGGAGAGCCCGCGUCCGCUCGGUGGCGGGAACGAGCAACCUGGCCAGAAGGACAGGGACGUCGUUUAGCACGAAACAGUGGCGGCAAAAGGGAGGGGAAAAGAGUUUUCCUUUUCAAGCAGAGUCAGGUUUCAUUCUCCGUCCAACGCCGUCUGCCUCUCGUUGAACUCGGGGGAAAGCGGCCACUCCCCUCCGAGCCGCCCCGGGGGCGCGCCGUCCAGCCCCCCACCUCGGGCAGGGGCAGCACUGGCUCGUUGCGGUCGGCUCUGCGGUCCUCCUAAGGUUCCUUGAAUCGGGCCCAGCUCAGCUGGGGUGGGAGCUGAGCCGCGGCCGUGACAAGGGUGCUCGUGGUUUCCCCCGCAGGUGCCCUCGGCAGCGUGGCCUGUCCCAGGACGAAGCCGUGAUCACAAUCAGCCUCGUAACCGCGGCUGAAAACUUCCCGAACCACAGAAUUUUCUCACAGGCUCCCUUCUUAGAAAAACCACCAGCAGCACCUGGCGGGCGGCGGCGCUGAAAUGGGCGUGUUGCCCGGCGGGCGGCCGUCUCCCCACGGUUCCGCCGCAGCUUCGAGGCCCUGCUGCUGUGUAGACAACGGGUCUUAGGCUGACAGAAGGCUGGCGGGGUUUUUUGUUGUUUUUCGGUCAUGUUUCUUUGAGAACGGCAGAAGUGCUGUGACAGGGGAACAGGGAGGCCGGGCCGCGGGCGGGGGCGGAAAUCCAGACCCAGAGACCCCUGGGCUCCGCUCUGCACGCCGUUCGCACUUUCGUUAUUAUUGUCCUGAAACUGCCUUUUUUAUUCUUUACUUUGUUUUUGUAUUGAAGAGGGUUUUUUCCCUUGACUUCUGUAUAAGCUAGUGUGAAUGAAGGAGUGCUUUUCUCUGGGUCGUGGGCCCCGCUCAGUGCGCACAGGUGCCCCCGCGGAGCUUUCUCGGCGCCUCCGGGCCCUGCCACUCGCCCCACACCCGCCACGCGGUCACGUGUGAAAUGACAGCCCACGCUGCCGGGUGGGAAAAGUUGAAAACACGCUGGUUCAAGGUCUGAGUUAACGUGGCCAGUAAUUCCUGUAGCAUUAAUGAAAAUCUUUUUGAAACGUCCGGGGAUGGCACUGGGUGUGUCUCCGGAGCCUUUGGGGACUGAGCGCUCCUUGCUCGGAGGGGGCCGCGCCCUCCUGUCUGCCGGGCUCUGGGCUCACGGGACCCCCGCGCCCUGCGGACGGCCACCGUCCUCAGCCGUGCCGUCCGCUGCCGCAGCGCCGGGAGCCCGCCUGCUGGUGCACGGAGCCGCGGCGCGGGCAGGAGUGCUCGUGACGGGGGGUUUCCUGCGGAAUGUUCACGAAGCUCUUGCCCGGCGGAGCUGUGUCGCCUCGUCGGCAGCGCUGAAGGUUGACCCACUGUGGGGAGAGGCUGACAGGUGUCAGGUGGGGCGGGGGCGCCGGGCGGCCCUUCCCCACCAGGCAGCCGGCAGCGGGGCUGUUGCUGGACGGCGGCCGGCUGGUUCAGGCUCUGGGCCAGACGCCCCAAGCGUCCCCCGAAGGUCCUCGGUGUGGCGGUGGCAGUGCCAGUCUCUAUGACAACCUUGGCGAUCAUCCGGGAACGCCGGCUUGCAAACAGAUGCGCUUUAGAAACUAGGAGCAGCACGCAGCAGGGCUGUGCGGCCCGGAACCGCGUUCGGACGGGGUCACGUAUCUGUUGAUAAAAUACCUCAGCUUUACAACGUGUGGCUUUUUGAGAGAGAAAUAAUAGUUUUAAUUUUUGUGUCUAUUUUUUACCUGAUUACCUGAAAGCAAAUACCAAAUGCUCACGUCUGAAUGUGGGCCCAAGGGUCAGUGUGAUGUUUUUCAAUAUUUUUUUAUCAGCUGUUUUGCAUUUAAAGUGAAAAUUGUAAAUGCCUGAAAUAAAUAAUUUCUACAAACAUG